AUGGGCGGCAGGGAUACUCACCCAGCCAAGACAACGGAGGACAGCCCUCUGGGCUUGCUACACUGCCACAGACCAGGGACGUUCAACCCUGCUGUGGCUCACGAACAUCAUCAGGGGGCGUGUGGGAAACGGCUGAGCCUUCCUGUGCUGGACUGCCGUCUCAUCCGGAAGCGCAGCCGGAAGCUAAUCAGGGAACAGUUGGAGCAUUUCCAGGUCCUCUAUAAAAGGAGACAGUUGCCAGAACUCGGGAGCUGGAGUCGGUGCAUACAACUGAUCAUUUCUUUCCAGUUCGAUCCCAAGGAAGCAAAGGACGUUUCUGAGACUUGCACAGAGCAGCCCAGUCUGGCAGAUAAGGUGCACUGCAUUGUCUACGUCAUUGACGCCAGUGUGGUAAACCUUUUGGACAAAGAACUGCAAAAUAAGUUUGACGAAAUCCAUGAAGAAGCCCACAGGCUCGGGAUUCCCCAGCUUGUGCUGCUCGCUAAAGUAGACCUCACCUGCAACAUCGUUAAAGAUGACCUGAGCAAAGUAUAUCAGAGCCGCUACAUUAAACAGAUGGUAAUUAAAGUGAGUCAAAUGGUGGGUGUCCCAGUUUCCUGUAUUUUGCCAGUGAGAAACUACUCAUCUGAGACAGAUCUGGACAUGAAGGUGGACAUCCUGAUCCUGAAAGCCCUGCAGACAAUCCUGAGACAAUCUGAAGCCUUCUUUGAUGAGAUAAAGCAGAGAGGAAAGACUCCUCUAACUUGUGAAGGAAUUUCAAGUAGACUAUCAAAUUCAUAGUGUAUGGACGCAAACAUAACAGGGAAAAUAUUAGUUGAAAUUUAAAUGAAAUGUUUAAUGCCAUUAAACAUCAAUAGUUAAAAACAUACUCAAGGGAUGUUAAGGUAAGCUUUGAUUUUAGGUUCAUGUCACCCACUCUCUUAAAACGUAUUCAACAGUGCAAAUGUCUCACUCUUGUCUUACACACAAAUACAGAACGUAUACAAAGCACAACAGAAAUGUUUAGUGCUAAUCUGAGAUUCAGCUUUAGUGUUUGCCAUUCCUCACGCAUCUCCUUGUGAUUUUUCUCUGGGCACAACGUAUGCAUGUGCAAGUCAAGAUUUAAACUUGUAUAAAGUUCUCCUGUUCUCCUU